AUGAAAAUAUCUUUUAGAGCUCUCAUUGAAUAACUUAAUCAAGUCUAUAUUCUGCCCAAUUUGCGUUCUUUUAUAUCAAUCUUAAAGUAGAGGCAGUGAUUUAUAAAGUUUAGGAUAUUUGGCUAUCUACUUUUUUUGAAAGGUUUAUUACUUAUAUGAAUAUUAUUAAUCCAAUAAAUAAGGAAGAAAAAAAUUAGACUUAAAGGUAAAAGAAAUUACUACAUCAAUUAAAAAAUUAUCAUAUUAAUUUAUCAAUUAUAAAAUAAUUCUGGUUUACCAAAAUAUUAAGAGUAUUUUUAAUAUAAAUAAAAAAUCUCAUUUGAUGGAGAUUCAAAUUAUGAGUACAUUCAAAAAUUAUUUAAAAAAUUAUAUCAAACAAUGAUAUAUCCUUUUGAUUAAUAAGUUGGUUAAAAUUCUGAAUGGGAAGUUAGAAAUUCUGAUGAUAAUUUUGACGAUACAAAAUAAUAAAUAUUUUUAGAAGUUUGGAAGAUGUAAAUAUCAAAGAAUUACCAUCUUAAAUCUAUAAAAAGUAAAUUAUUAUCAUUACAUCAAUAGAAAUAUAGAUAGAUUUAAAAUUAUAGAACAUUUAUUUCUCAAUAUAGAUUUAAAAUUUAAAGAAAUUUAAAAAUUCAUACCAAGAUAUACAUUACUUGA